AUGGUUUCGCCGGCGGGGGAAGCUCCCAGCUCCGGCGGGGCCAGGCUCUGGCCGGAGGCUCGUUGUCUUCGCACUCCGGCGACUGCGCUAAACUCCCAACUCCUCCUCCAACCCUCCUUCCGCGGCGGCGGCGGCGGCGGCGGCGGCCGCACAAUCCAACAUGGCAGCGGGGACGGGCGAGACCACAGGACGCAAGACGCGGGGGAGCGCGCCGGAAACGCGCGUCUGCGGCCCCGGGAGGACCCCCCCCCACCAACGCCGCGCCGGACGGAGGCCACGCCUCCUUCCGGCAGAGGGGCGGCGGGACGCGGGGAUGCGGGUCAGGCGCGGACUCUCGUGUCUAGGCUCCAUUCUUGGGUGUUUUCUGGCGGCAGAGGCCUGGACGGAGGAGGUGUCUGGUCUCCGUGGCAGAGCUGCCCGUCUCUCUUCUGCGGACGCACACCUUUGCGGAGCUUCAGUGCAUACCCAGGUCAUCCAGGUCGUAUUUCUGGGGCGCGACAGCCGGACGUUCACACAGCUUGUCAGAAAGGUCUGGAAUCUGGAGACGGAAAAUGGGAGAAGGGACGCGCUCCUCGCUGGUUCCGUGAGAGCCGCAGGUGCCUACGGGUUCUCAGAGUUUGUUCAGACUUCAGCAGUGGGAGUGGGAGUGGAGGACCAGGUCUCUCCCAGGAGUCUGAAACAGAGAUCUUGCUGAUGGAUGUUCCGAGAAAGCAGACGCACUUAGAAAAGAUUUCUACCGCUCGCUGGAGACUGCUGUGAUGGUGAAAACUAUGAGCCAUGUGUAACCCAUGGGUGGCAUGGUUAGGAGUGCUGCUGCUCUAGAUAGGGUUCACUCAUUCAGCCCUCAAGCCAGCAAUGCCUCCAGUGAUCACGAAAUGACCUUUCGGACUUCCCUGGUGGCGCAGUGGUUAAGAAUCCGCCUGCCAAUGCAGGGGACACGGGUUUGAGCCCUGGUCUGGGAAGAUCCCACAUGCCGCGGAGCAGCUAGGCCCGUGAGCCACAACUACUGAGCCUGUGCUCCAGAGCUCGCGAGCCAGAACUACUGAGCCCGCGUGCCACAACUACUGAAGCCCGCGCGCCUAGAGCCUGUGCUCCGCAACAAGAGAAGCCACAUAGAAAUAAGAAGCCUGCGCACCGCAACGAAGAGUAGCCCCUGCUCGCCGCAAAUAGAGAAAGCCUGCGUGCAGCAAUGAAGACCAAACACAGAGAAAAAUAAAUAAAUAAAUUAAUUAAUUAAAAAGA